AUGAGGUAUUUCCCUUUAAUACCUAGGCUUCAGAGAAUGUUUAUGUCAUCUAAAACUGCCGCUAGUAUGAGAUGGCAUUCAGAUGAACGUCAGAGUGACGAUGGGGUAAUGACACAUCCAGCCGAUUCAAAAGCUUGGAAAUCAUUUGACGAUAAAUAUCCAUCUUUUGCCUCUGAAACACGAAAUGUUCGCCUUGGUUUAGCAAGUGACGGCUUCAGUCCCUUCAGGAAUGGACAUAUUCCCCAUAGCACAUGGCCAGUGGUUCUAAUACCAUAUAAUUUGCCUCCAUGGCUUUGCAUGAAACAACAUUCUCUAAUUUUGUCCAUGCUCAUUCCAGGCCCUAAGGGACCUAAGAAGAAUAUUGAUGUGUAUCUCCAACCUCUAAUUGAGGAACUUAAGUUGUUGUGGAAUGUUGGUGUGGAGACGUAUGAUGCCUCAAGAAAAGAGAAGUUUAGGUUGUUCGCUUCUUUGUUAUGGACUGUUAGUGACUAUCCUGCUUAUGGUGAUCUCUCUGGAUGGAGUACGGGAGGAGAAAAAGGUUGUCCUACUUGCGACAGUGACACAUCUUCAAAAUGGCUAAGAAACGGGGGCAAGUACUGUUACAUGUGUCAUCGCCGAUUUCUACCCAUUGAUCAUGAAUGGAGGUACGAUGGGGCAUCUUUUGACGGCACACAUGAGAUUAGACCAAAGCCAAAGGAGUUAACGGGUGAGGAAGUGCUUGAACAAUUGGUGGAUGUUGAAUGUGUUACAUCCCUUGAGACUCCUACUAGGAAGAGAAAUCAACGCAAAGAUCAAAAGAACAAAUGCAAAGCAAUAUGGAGAAAAAAGAGCAUUUUCUAUGAGUUGCCGUAUUGGAGUAGUCUUCUAGUGCGUCAUAAUUUAGAUGUGAUGCACAUUGAGAAGAAUGUUUGUGAGACUUUACUUGCUACGUUGCUUGACAUCGAAGGGAAAAGUAAGGACAAUUUGAAUGCACGACAUGAUUUGAAGGAAAUGAAAAUUAGAAAGUCCCAGCAUGCUAAAGAACGAGACGAUGGUAGUUGGGAGAUUCCCCCGGCUCCUUACACGUUAUCCUUGGAGGAAAAAAAGAAGCUAUGUACCUUCCUGACGAGUGUCAAGUUCCCUGAUGGCUAUGCUUCAAAUAUCUCCCGAAAUUCAUUGCUGAGAGAGCGCAAAUUGGCAGGUUUGAAAAGCCAUGACUUCCAUGUCAUUAUGGAGCAUCUUCUUCCUCUUGCUAUACGUGAUUGGCCGAAGUCACUGUCCACACCACUUAUUAAAUUGAGUUCAUUUUUCAAGCAAUUGUGCUCUAAGACAUUGAAUGUGAAAGACUUAGAAAUAAUGGACAAGGAAAUAGCCGUCAUCCUAUGCGAGUUAGAAAAGAUUUUCCCACCGGCUUUCUUUGUGAUUAUGAUUCACCUGUCGGUACACCUUGCAAAAGAAGCAAUGAUUGCGGGACCCGUUCAAUAUCGUUGGAUGUACCUAUUGAGAGGGCAUCCUGAAGGGUCGAUAGCAGAAGGCUAUCUUCUAGAGGAGUGUCUGACAUUUUGUUCAAGAUACAUGGAGGAUAUUGAAACACAAUUCAAUAAGGAAGAUAGAGUCUAUGACUGUGAUGAUCAUGGUGAUGCUGAGGAUCGAUUACCCAUUUUUAAGACAAGUGGUCGAGCGGUCGGGAAAGUGACUUCUUUAGCUCAAGAAAAGCAUCCUGCUGUGACUGAACAUUUACAGGCCUUAGCGGAUGGCCCAGUCGUGUUGUAG